AUGCUCGACAACUCCGUGACAUCAGCGACGGUGAGCACGGUGACGGCGGAAUACGGCACACACGCAAACAGCCUCAGGUCUCAACAUAGACACGGGCGCACAGCACAACAUCAACCCGUAGCAUAUUAUGUCGGCCACAAUACAUGGGCUGUUACCAGGAGCAUUCCUGAAAAUACACGCAGGCAACAGUGGUUCUUGGACAGUAGACUAUUUACAAACAUGGCCGGUAUUUUCCUAGACGUACUCAGAACAAUAUCACCUAUACAUAUAUAA